UUCACGGGUGCGACGUAAACGAGAUAGUUUCUCCAAAUUAUUUCAGUAAUCGGAAGAUUCAUAUACAGCCCACAAGUCACAGCUGGGAAACAAAAGUGCGAGUAACCGGACGUGCUUGGCCGUUGAAUUUUGAUUUUUAAUUUCGACGCGCAGCCGUGGCGCGUACCCUAGCAGAGUGCAAGCCGCUUAAAUGGUUUAUCUUUUAGUUGUUGCAAUUAUUUGAGCAAAUUCCGAGGUGCAAGUGUGUUAAUUGUAAAUAUAAAGCGACGGACGCUGCCGCUCACCCCUUUCCCGCCUCUCUGUUCGUGUCCCCGUUCGCCGGCUGUUCCUGUGUGUUUUAUUUGUGUGUGUGUGUGCGCGCACUUUGUUCUUUUGCGCGCCGCUUUUUAAUUGAGCAAUUGACAAGAAAGAUAUUAAACAAAACGAUGCCCUGGCAAUGGACGACGCAUGCAUGAGCGGGCCAGGCUUCAAUAGUUCACAAAAUUGACGGUCACAAACUAGAUAAUUCCGAAAAACUCCUUGGGUUUGUUUUUGACUGUGUUCCGUUUUCGUGUGCGUGAGUGUCUUUAUCGAAAUGGAAACUAUUGAGGAGCAAUCGAAAUGCGAGAUGUUCAUUACAACGCUGCCCACACGGAUCUGCCUGGUGGGCAACGUUGGCCAGGACGCGGACACGCUGCUGGCAGCCGAGAGCUUCGGCCUGCCCGUUAUAACAUCCGACUCUGGUCUGGACACCGCCGACGACAAGGAAUGGCGGACCUUCUACGUGAUGGGAGACUUUGAGGGCGACAACUUUCAGGCGCUGCACAAGCAGAAGGAAUGCAUUCUGGGCCCGCCCGCUUUGAAGUACGCGGCAGAGAUGAAGCAGACGCUGGGCCACAACUCGCGGCCCAUUUACAACUACGCGAUGCGCGGCGUCGUCACUUGCUUCACGGGCAUACGCAAGAAGGAUGAGCUGACGAAACUGGUGCACCUCAUCCACUCCAUGGGCGGCUGCAUCAAGAAGGACAUGAACCCCAAGACAACGCAUUUGAUUUGCAGUCACAGCGGCGGCGCCAAGUACCAAUACGCCAAGACCUUCCGUUUGAGUGUCGUUCGACCCGACUGGGUGUACGCUGCCUGGACGGACCGCGACAACGUGCAGUUCGAGGCCACGCAGGACGGCUUCACCAAGAACCACCGCCUGAAGGCGUUCGAGGGCCAGAAGGUCUGCUUCUUUGGCUUCCCCGCCGAGGAGCACCAGCACAUGGUCGACGUGCUGCUGGAAAACGGCGGCGUCUGUGCCGACCUGGACGAUCCCGAGUGCUCGCAUGUUGUGAUGCCCAAUACGGGCGCUGUACUUACAAGCACUAGCUCUAGCACUGAUACUAACCCAAGCACAAGCAUCCAGACACCCACAACGUCGCUAGGCAGCGCGCGGGCAGCAGGCGGGGCGGCAAACGAAGACGAACCCAUGGAUGAGGCGGAGAUCGAUAGUGCAGGAGGAGUCGGAGGACGCAUGGCGCGGGCCCUGGAGCAGGCGCUCGAGGAGAAGGAGAACGAGCGGCAGCCCAAAGAGGACGACGACGAGGAGGACAUCUUCUUCGACGAGCGUCUCUUCGUGGAGACGGCACCUGUCCUGCACAAUGCUGGCGACGAUCAGCUGCCAGAGUCCGACGAGGACGAAGAGCCGCAGCCGCAGCCGCAGCCGCAGCCGGACCCUGAGGAUGUCCAGGCCAGCACUCCGAAGACGAGCAAGCCGCGCAUCAGCCUCACCACGGCCACGCCCAUUAAGACGCCCAUCAGUAGUUCCCCUGAAAUGAAGACCAAAGAGGCGACGAUGGGAAUGGCGAUGGCGUUGGACUUUCAGAGCGACACGCCCAACAUAUCGCCCAUCCUGAAGGCCAUCGACGAGUGUGACAUGGAGACGGACGAUCUGUUCGCGGAGGUGGAGCCGGUGGCGGAGCCAGCCACUGAGAAUGAUCUCAAGCGAAAGCGCGACAGCAUCGACAACCUGUCCCUGAUUUCGGUGGACUCGUACGUCCUGCCGGCGAGCACCAAGAAGCCCAAGCUGACCCGCCACGGCUCCAUCUCGCGCACCCUCCGUCGCUCCGUGAGCUUCGUGGCCGAGCCGCUCAAGAAUGUGCUGCGGCCGCGGCGCAGCUCGAUUGCGGGGGUCGAUGCCUACAACAUUCUGGGCAGCGAGGUGGCCGACGACUCCUUCUGCUCGAUGGCCUCGCUGAACGAAUCGAUCAAGCGGCCCGUGAAGGGGCUCCGCAACAUCUGCAGCCGCAUCACACGAAGCAGCACUCGACGCGCCGAAAAGGAACGCGAUCGCGAUCGUGAAGGCACUCCCGAGUGCUCCUACGCGCCGCCGCAGCCCAUGGACAGCGGCUUCAAGACUCCGAAGGCACCCAAGCAACGAUCCUCUGCCACGCCGAAGAACUCCAAGCGCCUCUUCGGCCCCGUCUCCGGUGUCGUGUCUGCCUUGGCCUUCACUAACGCUCCUUCCCCCUCCCCCAGUCCCAGUCCCCAGCUCCCCCUCAAUUCCACUGCAAAGGCCAGCUGCGAUACCAACGACACCUCAUACACACCGACAUCGAAAACGACAUCGUCAUCGAUCAUGGCUUUCUGUGCUGCUGCAGUCGUCGUCAACGCAUCAUCAUCGUCGUCUGCUGCUGCUGCUCCUGAUGCUGCUGCUGCUGCUGGGCAUAGCGCGGUUCAAGAUAUUAAAGAAGAAGAUUCCCCCGAAGGGUCGGCAAGCGAGCCCAUGCAAAUGGUGGUGGACGAGCACACGACCGUCGCGAAGCCCGACACCAAGAGCAAUAACACACACAUCCUGAAAUCAGACUGGUUCUGGUAUACCAUACAGAAUGGCUAUGCCAACGAGAUGGACUAUCUGUUCGGAGACUAUCUGGAUAGCAUUACGAAUACCCCGAACACGGACCGUCGGGACUCGCUGCCCGUCAGCUUUAACAAGAGGAAACGCAAGCGUUUGUCGCAGCGCAUCCAGCUGGAGGGCACGCCGCUGGGCUCGGGCAAGCGACGCUCCUCUGUGUCGGAUGCCGGCCUCCUGUCCGUCUCCAACAGCCUGUUCGACUGCACCACGAGUCCGGACAAACUGCUGGACAGCGACGACAAGCUGCUGCUGCACUCCGAGCCGGAGCCCAUCGAUGGCACGCCCGUGAAGAGAUCCAUGCGCUUCAACCACUUCAUGGACUUCUUCACCACAGAAUCCAACUAUGUCGGCAUACUGGAUACCAUUUUGAAUCUCUUUAAGAACAAACUGGAGGAACUGGCGGAGACGAAUGAUCCGCUGCUGAACAAGUCGGAGAUCAAAUCGGUGUUUGGCAACUUUCUGCCCAUCCACGAGGUGCACCAGAGCAUGCUGGAGCACCUGCGGAAGCUGCAUGCCAACUGGCGGGAGGACUGCCUCAUCGGGGACAUCAUCAUCGGGCACCAGGAGGAGCUGAUCAAGGCGUAUCCGCCGUACGUGAACUUUUACGAGCAGAUGAAGGAGCAGCUGCAGUACUGCGACCGCGAGUACCCCCGCUUCCAUGCGUUCCUCAAGAUCAACCAGACGAAGCCCGAGUGCGGCCGCCAGAGCCUGCAGGACCUGAUGAUCAGGCCCGUGCAGCGCCUGCCCAGCAUUAGUCUGCUGCUCAAGGACAUCCUGAAGCACACGGGCAGCAGCAAUGCGGACCACGAGAGACUGGAGGAGGCCCUGAAGGCCAUCAAGCAGGUGACGCUGCACAUCAACGAGGACAAGCGGCGCACUGAGUCGCGCAUGGCCAUCUUCGAUAUAUUCAACGAUAUCGAUGGUUGUCCGGCGCACCUCGUCAGCUCCAACCGCAGCUUCAUCGCCAAGUGCGAGGUGAACGAGCUCUCCGACUCGUUGAGCGGGCGGGGGGACAGCCUUCUGCUGUACCUCUUCUCCGAUUCCAUCGAGCUGUGCAAGCGACGCUCGCGCGGCUUCAACACCGUCAAGUCCCCGAGCACCGGCAAGCCGCACAAGCACCUCAAGCUGAUAUCCCUCAACACGAUCCGCUUCGUGAUCGACAUCUCGGACAGCCCGCGCGCCUUCGGCCUGCUGCUGCGCGGCGAGAAGGAGAAGCUCUACACGUUCACCAUCAACGACGAGGAGACGGACAAGAUCAGCUACAUGAAGAAGCUCUGCAACCAGAUAGCCGCCCACAUGUGCCGCACGGACGCGGACAAGCUGCUGCUCUGCCACUCCUCCCAGGAGCUGGACGUGGACAUCAGCGAUGUGAAUGUCAGCACGCUGAGCAAGGCCUUCAAGCUGGCAGCCAAGACGCGCCUGAAGGUGGGUCGCGCCUUCUCCUUCAACAAGACCCCAAACAAGCUGAAACGAGCCGUUUCCACCAUGAUGACCUCGCCCUUUGGCAGCACAAACUCCUUGACGCCCUCCUCCCAGCUGGCCCAGAUGCGUUUGGCAGCAAACAGCUGCAGAAAUAUUAACGAAGUGGCCGACGAAGACGAUUGCUCCAGCAUGAGAAGCAGCUCCCCAUCGACGCAGUCGGAAACGCUGGUGGUGCCCCCAAUGUCUGUGCAGCCCACGCGCAAGAGCAAGGCCGGCGUGGGCGUCAGCGUGGGCCGCAUUUAGAGUCGGGAUCGAUUCGGAUCGCCUCCCAAUAUCUCUCCCAAUUCCAUGCCGCACAACUCGAGGCAUCUUCGAAUUCGUAAUCUCACAGACAACAACACAGAACACAUCAGAAACGGAAACAGAAGCAGAAAUUAAUUGUAUUUUUUAAACAUUUUUUUUUUUUCGUAUUAAUUGUUUAGAUCGUAGAACAAAUGUAUCGUUAAGUUUGUCGCUUGUCGAUGAGCAGCAGAUGGCAAAUGUUGAAGCGUUUGCCGCCGCACACCGUCGACCAUCGAAUAUCGACCAUCGAAUAUCGAAUAUCGAAUAUGAUUAUGACCGAUUGUAUGAUCCAACUGUAAAUAGUUAUCCCUCCCUCUCUCUCUGUCGAGAAAGAGAGAGAUGCGUAUAUGUAAACCCGUAACCCGUAACCCGUAAUCGUGUCCGUGUCACCACACAAUCGUAGAGUAGUGUCUGGAGAUCGAGAUCCGAUUUCCCAUCCAUUGAUCGACCGAUCGGUCGGCUUUGAUUGCCACACGACACACUGCAACACACACUGCAACACGCUGUGAAUGUUUACUGAGUAAAUUUUACAAAAAAAUAUUAAUUUUCAUAAUUAAACAAGAUUAAUUUUAAA